UUUUUUUUUAAAAAAAAAAUCCAUAUCCAUUCUUUAAAUAUGGAUAAAAUCAAUAUGGACAAGAUAGCCCCUGUCGGAAUAAUCCUAUUCGUCAGCCUGGCUAUUAUUAUCAUUAUCAUCAUUUCUUAUAUUAUUAGAUUUGCUUCCAGCAUUUUUACGUAUGUGUUUUCUGAUAUUUUCAAUCUCUACUUCUUGCUGGUAGGCUUUACUGAUACAAAAUCUACAGCAUGGGACACAUUCCACCUCUUCUCCGCAGUAUCAAGGAGCCUCCUGCUCCAAAAGAUUCCUCCGCAGCGCCCUCCAAGUCCGUCGACUUAGAGAAAUUAGGUACCUAGGUCAUCCGAAAAUAUCUCGUCGGCGGCGACAAUGCCCAUCAAAGAAUAUCACCCGCUAGUCCUUGAGUCCCCGACAAGCUUCGUAAGUUUGGAUCAUGCGUUAUGACAUUCAUUGAUUAACAUCCAUUUUAGGUCAAACUUGACUUCUAGGUCAGUAAACUGGCUUCAACCAGCUGGCGCAACGGGAGACGUGGCUAGCCCGUCUGGAGGGGUGUUGUGGGGAGGCGGGAGGCAUUGGAGAACGAGGUGGUAACACACUCAUUAUCCCAAGCGCAGGGUGCAUUUACGGCUGUAUCAUGCAGCGUAUUUUUUGCAUGCCUGAUGAUCGCUGGCUCCGCAGUGUGGCUAGCGAAAAUAUUUUCUAAUCAUCCUAGAGAUACGGCAUUGCGCCACGCGGUGGCUGGUGCCCUGUGGAGCUAGGGCCAAAAGGCCUGGAAUCAGAUACCGUCACGUGAUCAAUCCUUAUCAGAAUAUUAUUAAACGGAUACUAAACUCCGCGCCUUAGGGCUUUCGUUCGAUUU